UUAGCAGACGGUGGGGCAGCACCAAGCAUGGCAUGCCUGCGUAAACAACACAAACGCAGCACAUCGCAGGACUUACGGAGCUUUGCUAGAGACCCGGGGGUGAUUGAAAAGAAUGUGAAGCUCCUAGGUAUGGACGGCGACACCGAUGUCCAGUUCCUCCUGCAGGGCGGAGAUCUUCUCAAGGUCCGCUCCUCCUCCUGGAAGAAAAACCGAUAUUUCAGACUCCAAGAAGACUGCAAGACGAUGUGGCGGGAAUCCAAAAGAACCUUCAGGAGGCACCGGACAUUUUCCAUCGACGACAUCUCGGUGGUGCGGCUGGGUCGUCACACGGAGGGUUUGAAAAAGUACACGGAUCAGCAAAUGGGGAAUUGCUGUUUUUCCAUCAUCUUCAAGGAGCAGCGUAAGAACUUGGACCUCAUCGCCAGCUCUGAGGAGGAAGCCAAGCAAUGGGUCGGCAGCCUUCAGAAACUGAUCGACAGAAGAAACAACCUCAACCAGCAGCAAAGGACAGAACACUGGAUCUUCAGCUGCCUGAGGAAAGCGGACGAGAACAAAGACCACAAGCUGAGUGUGUCCGAGGUCAAGAACUUCCUCCAUCUCAUCAACAUCGACGUGGAUGACGGCUACGCAGACAUGCUCUUCGAGAAAUGCGACAAAUCAAAGUCCGGAUACCUGUUUGGGGAGGAGAUCAAAGAUUUCUACAACCUGCUGACGUACCGGGAAGAAAUUGACGUGAUCUACCGGGAGUACGCCCGGUCUGCGGGCGUCAUGAGUUGCGAAAACCUGGUGGAGUUCCUGCUGCAGGAACAGCGAGAGAUGAUAACGCUGGCUGAAGCGCGCAAGAUUAUUGAGAAGUUUGAGCCGGAUGAAAAAGCCAAGGAGAAGGAGGUGUUAACUAAGGACGGCUUCCUCAUAUAUCUGCACCAUCCUGAUUCCUUGCUCCUCAAUCCGGAGCACAAGGAGGUGUACCAGGACAUGAGCCAGCCGCUCAACCACUAUUUCAUCUCGUCCUCACACAACACUUACCUCCUGGAGGAUCAACUCAAAGGACCGAGCAGCACAGAGGCCUACAUCAGGGCUCUGCUGAAGGGCUGUCGCUGCGUGGAGUUGGACUGCUGGGACGGCUCAGACGACGAACCGGUCGUCUACCACGGCUACACGCUAACGUCGAAGAUCUUGUUCAAAGAUGUCAUUAAAGCCAUCAAGGAGUUUGCCUUUAAGGCAUCGGACUACCCGGUGAUCCUCUCCCUGGAGAACCACUGCAGUGUGGAGCAGCAGGAAGUCAUGGCCCGGCACAUGAGCUCCAUCUUGGGCAGCGCGCUGGUCACGUCUCCCCUCGGGGACGGCAUCCCCGCAAACUUCCCAUCUCCCGAGGAGCUGAAGGGAAAGUUCCUGAUCAAAGGCAAGAGUUUAAACAAACUCCAGGCCACCUUUGCUCCGGAUGCGGCGGCUGCCGAUGAGUCUGAAGUAACAGAAGAAGAAGAGUCGGACGAUGAGGAUGAAGCGGAGGAGGAAAACAAAAAAAGGAAACUGAAGCUCUCGAAGGAGCUGUCCAACAUGGUGAUCUACUGUAAGAGCGUCCACUUCAACGGCUUUGAGGAUGCCAAGAAAAACCUGAGCUUUAACGAGAUGUCGUCCUUUAAGGAAAAAAAGGCCAUCGCGCUUGCGGAAGAGUCAGCGAACGCCUUCAUCAAUCAUAAUGUGGACAAGCUGAGCCGCGUCUAUCCAGCCGGCUCCAGGACCGACUCGUCCAACUACAACCCGGUGCCUCUGUGGAACGCCGGCUGCCAAAUUGUGGCCCUAAACUUUCAGACGACCUGCGAGGAUAUGGAUUUAAACCAAGGCAAAUUCCUCGUGAACGGGAAGAGCGGCUACAUCCUAAAACCGGCCUACAUGAGGAAAGCGCUCACCGAUUUUGAUCCGAUCACGCUGACCCGAGGAGAGUGGCUGAAGCACAAGACGCUCCACGUCAUGGUUAUAUCGGCUCAGCAGCUCCCGAAAGUCAACAGGAAGAAAUCCUCCAUUGUUGACCCACUGGUUAAGGUGGAGGUGCAUGGGGUGCCGGCUGACAUGGCUGUGAAAGAGACCCGCGCUGUUGACAACAACGGUUUCAAUCCAGAAUGGAAUGAAAACUUCCAGUUUGACGUGUACGUGCCGGAGCUUGCCUUGGUGCGCUUCCUGAUCGAAGACCAUGAUUCCACAUCCGGUAAUGAAUUUGUUGCGCAGUACACGCUUCCGCUCAACAGUUUAAAGAUGGGAUACAGACACGUGCCUCUGCUCGAUAAAAGUGGUUACGUUGUCCAUGCAGCUGCACUCUUUGUUCACAUCAUGGUCAUCGAUGCUGAAUAAAAAUCCGCCAACGGGCCUGUUUGUGAAUCUCCAUUCCAUAGCCAUGACUUGUUUUUUUUUUCAAUACCGUUGAUAAAAGUGCAUAUUGCUUUGCCGAUCACCCUAUUUGAGUAACUUUAUACUUGUUGAUUGAGAACAAUACUGCAAGUUAGACAGUUAUUUUUUUUAGGAGCCAUGAGCCUUCAUGGAAAUACUGUACAGUGCAAAUAUGCAAGCGAAUGCUGAAUCUUUGCGGAGACUUGUUUUCCUCAAUAGGACUACACUAGGUUCACAAAGCAUUCUCACUAUACUAGCAUUUCAAGGUAAACAAAACAAUGCUCUGUCAUGGGUACAUUGUUAUGUAUGAUUCAUUUUUCCUGGAUCACAACUUUUUUUUUUUAAAGAGCAAGUUUUCAACAUGAAUACCUGUCUACGGAAGUAUUUAUUGUAGCUUGUCACUUUGUUGGGAGUCCAUUAAAACAUUCACAUCACA